AUGGAUCUUGAAGCCAAAAGGUUUGGAAGGGGUCCGAGGGAACUUGGCGGUGCUGCUGAUCUCAUAAAUCUAUAUAAGCUUUGGCCUCAUCAUGAGUACUUCUGCAAGAGAUCACUGCCUUUGUCAAUAUCAGAGACUCAUUAUUUACAUAAUGUGGUGGGAGAUACAUUAAUCAGGAAAGGGGAAGGGAUGGAAUUGGAUCAGCUCUUUCAAAGCAACCUUUAUAUGAGAGAAAAAAAUGCACAUAUACAUCCCUUUGAUUUGGAUGUACUUUGUGAAGCUUUUCUAAUAAGGGAAACAACUCCUGUUAAACUGCCUUCUGCAGAGAAGGGGAUCCGUACCUCAGUGGUGAAUUCAAAGAGUGAAUUAGAAAACAAGGAGAGGAAGCAUAAGAAGCACAAAGACAAGGAUAAAGAUCAUAAGAAGCACAAAAACCGUCACAAGGACAACAGUGGUGAUGCUGUUAAGAACAUAAAUGUUGAUUACGGCUUGAAAACUGAGCAGUUGAAGGAACAGCAAGAUAUGUUCAUUCAGAAGAGGAGGCUCGAUGGUUUUGAAGAUCCUUCUGUCUUUGGACAUAAAAAAGCCAGAAUCCAAAGAUAA